AUGGAGCUCGGAAAGUGCAAUGUGUGGACUAUGUCUAUAGACUACGCAUCUCAGGCAGUCAUAGAGCUUCUUGCACGUCUUUUUGGAAUAAAUGUGUCUUCCAUCUGUUCCGAGAGGUCUAGACUCAUAAAUCGCCAGAGACAAAAUGAACCUCCAAGCUUGUCCCAGUGCUGCUUGGCUACUCAAACACGGUCACUGGUAGAUCCCACUGCGGGGUCAGCGCUAAGACGAAGCGAGACACAUGAUGAUGUGAUGAGAUGGUUGCCUGCGAAUGGAUGGACCUCUGUCUUCCGGCUCUUUGUUUAUAAAAGGCCCUACGUUCGACCUCAAGCAUCAGUAUAUGAGCCGGCAAUAAGUCGAAUUAGAAACAAGAGCACAUUUGAGUACCAUGGCUAUCAUCCGAAGAGUCGCUGUUUUCGGUCAGCCCUACAACACGCAGGCUUCACAGUGACCAUUAUCACCCGGUCCGAAUCGAAGGCAACAUUCCCUCCGGAUAUUCCGGUAAUCACAACCACUUACACUCUGGAGAACCUCACAUCAGCGCUAGCGGGACAGGAUGCAGCCGUCUGCGUGGUGGGUCCCGGCGGGAUCGGCGCACAAGUCACCAUGAUCGAUGCCGCCGAGGCUGCGGGCGUGAAGCGCUUCAUCCUUGAUGACUUUGGCUGGGGUGACAAUCCCAACUCCUUCCCCGAGUUCAACGCCAUUCAUGCGCAACGCCGUGCGGGAUGGGAUCAUGCGAAAGCGAAAGCAGAGAGCAAUCCCAACUUUACAUACACCGGGAUUAGCAUUGGGAAUCCGAUUGAUUGGGCGUUGAAGCGCUUCCCUGCGAUGGGGUUCGAUAUAGCGCACUGCUCGGCCGUCAUCUAUGACUCGGGCACCGAACGGUUCACCGGAACCACGCUCGAGGGUAUCGGACAGUCGGUAGUCGGCGUAGUGCAGCAUCCGGGCGAGACUGCCAACCGCUUUGUCAAGGCGCAGUCUAUUAUAACCUGUCAGAAUGAGUUGUUGGAAGCGUUUCAAACCGUGACAGGGAAACAGUGGGAAGUACAACGAGCGCACACUAAGGCUCUCAUGGAGAACGGGAGACGCAAAAUCCAGGAGGGCGUUAGUGGUUGGAUUUUGGACCUAGUGGUGGCACAAUUGUUUGAUGAGGGUCAAUCUCGCUGUCUUCUUGCUCCGUCGCGAGAGGAAUCCGAUGCGGAUUUACUGGGAAUUGCAGAGGAGAGUCCGGAGCAAGUGGCGGCCAAGGCUCUGGCUUAG